GGGGCGCUCUGCCGUGCUCGGUUGCAGGACGCAGGAGACAGUCGCUCUCCAAGGUGCUGAAAGUCAGAGCUCAACCCUCCUCGGUCUCGUCUGCUGACGACGAACGCGCGGUGAGCGGCUCCGGCGCCUGAUGGUCUGAUGUUAUAUACUCCUCAACUUCUACCCGUCGGGAUCUAAACAACAACAAAAAAAAAAAAUACAGAAAAAAGAAGAAGCACGCAACCUUCAUUUUUCACGCAACCGCUGGAUGUAUUGGCUCCGCGCGCACGCCAUGCGCACCGACACUGCCCGCCGCUGUCCAACAUCCACCUGCAUCGUUGGGAAAUAUUUGAAUUGACUCCGGAUUCUCAGGGAAAAACCACAGAGGAUUUUUCUUGCCGGUUUUCUUCUUCUUCCACUCUCUCUCUCUCUCUCUCUCUCUCUCUCCCUCUCUCCCUCUCUCUCCCUCCCUCUCUCUCUCUGCGCACCCGCGUGCCUUUUUACGUGGACUGUGAUAUUGUCUCGAAAAAGGUGAGUCCGAUGAGGACAAUCAUGAAGCAGAGCCACUUUUACACGGAUACCGUUUCCUUUGCACUGGAGGUGGGGGGUGCAUAUCUCCAAAAGGCUGGCGUCUGAUCGCUUUCAAACCCGUCGUCACGGCCGAGGGGGAGGAUUAGAGAAUUUCUGUGUGUGUGGAGCCCGUGGUGAAUUUACCCAGUGGAUAAAGUGAAGUUUCCACCAAGCUAAAGACUGUGUGUGACCUGCUCUAGCCCCUCCGUGCUGGGCUCUCUGGCUUCGGCACUCGGCGGAUAUCGAGCGAUUCCCACGCGCCUGUUGAACAAGCCGCCCUGCCCGUCCUGCCUCUGGAGAUGGAUAAUGAACCCGAACGACCCCUCGGUUGCAGCAGCACAGGACACAGGGAAUAAAAGACACGGCCCGGGGGAAAAAGUACUUGUGCCGGUGACGCGUAAUAGUUGGUGAGGUUCCAUCACACCUUCUCUCUCCCUCUGCCCCGCUGCAGCCCCCCCCCCUUCUCCCCGGGCGGUGACGACGAUGGCGGCGACGAGCCGCAGGACGCGCGCGGAGCGGACACCGGCGGCCCGGAGGACGACGGCCCCACUGUCCCGCUGAAUGUGGACGACGACGACGUCGAAGCCGCCGCCGCGGCGGAGGAGGAGGAUGGGCGCCCCCCUGCCCCCGGCCGCCCUCGUCCUGCUGCUGGCCCUGAGCGGCGCGGCGCCGGCCGCGGUGGCGCACCCCGAGGAUUACGCGGCGGACGAGGCGGAGCGGACGGCCGGCGACGGCGUCGUGUUCGACGACUACCGGGGGAAGGGCUGCGUGGACGACAGCGGCUUCGUGUACAAGCUCGGGGAGCGCUUCUACCCGGGACACUCGAACUGCCCGUGCGAGUGCACGGAGGACGGGCCCGUGUGCGACCAGCCCGAGUGCCCCAAGCUCCAUCCCAAGUGCACCAAAGUGGAGCACAACGGAUGCUGCCCCGAGUGCAAGGAGGUCAAAAACUUUUGCGAGUACCGGGGGAAAGCGUAUAAAAUACUGCAAGAAUUCAAGCCGUCACCCUGCGAAUGGUGCCGCUGCGAACCAAAUAACGAGGUGCACUGUGUGGUGUCCGACUGCGCCGUCCCAGAGUGCGUCAACCCCGUGUACGAGCCGGAGCAAUGCUGCCCCAUCUGUAAAAACGGUCCAAAUUGCUUUGCUGGAACUACGAUCAUCCCAGCCGGAAUUGAAGUGAAGGUGGACGAGUGCACCAUCUGCCGCUGCCACAACGGGGACUGGUGGAAGCCGGCGCAGUGCUUGAGGCGGGAGUGCCUCAACGGCCAGUCGUUGUCAUAGAGAGACCCCACCGGGGACGGUGGAAAAGCUCAGGCAAGGCCCUGCCUACUACUGCACCGUUUUGUAUGAUUGACAGGGCAGGAGCACAAUUCCCCAGUCACCUGAGACAGCAUUCUAUCACAGGCUUCACACAAAUAACAAAAUCGGCCACUGAGGGGGGAAAAAAAAGACUUGGAACUCGUCUCGUGGCCCCUCCACCCUCCAGUUUUAAUCGUCCUAUAUAUUUUCAGAAGUUGACUCGCUUGACUUGCUGCUCUCACACAAGAAAUUGUUCUUGGAACUCUUUCCUAACCAGUGGCAAUGUUGAAUUGCUCAUGCUGAUUCCGGUGUGUACGUCAUCUGCUUGUCUGUCUGUCUGUCUGUCUGUCUGUCUGUCACAAUCAUGCAGGUGUUGUAAAAUUCCAACAGCUGGAAAAACCAACCGUAAGCACACUUAACUGCGCUUUCUUUUCUUUCUUUCUAUUUUCGUGAUGAGGUUCGACAUCGGGGAAAGCACUACAACCACGUGUUUGAGUCCACAAUUUCACUCUUAAGAGCUUGUUUACAAAAUGCACGUCACACUAAUGUUCGUCGUCAUGACGUUUUAUCACUAUGGCAGUAAGUCACCUUAGAGACUCAGUUAAGUUGAUGGUACUCUCAUUUUUAUAUACGACUUAUAAAACCACCAGUGAUUUUAUUGAUCGUCACACCGCGGCUUUGAGUCCUGUCUCUCUAUAGCAGCAGCGCAGGCGAAGUGAGUUGGCACUGUAGAGUCAGCUGAAGGACGUGGGGAGAGGGCAGCCGGCGAGGAUGAAAAGCAGUUCUGAAAAUACUGAAGAGGGGCAGAUGCAAAAUCCUGCAACGCUGAAUCGAUACAUCAACUCUGGGCAGCCCCCUUCCAGCUUAAUUGUGGUUAUUGUUUUCUCUCAGAGGCCCAUAUUCUCCAAAAUAUUCCCACUAACUAACUGCUUGAACUUGUUAUCAAAGCAAUUAGCGAGCCGAGAGCGGCCCGCUUCAAUUUCCCUUAAUCAAGGAGUAUUCUGCGAUAAAUCAUCCAGCUGGGUGCCUGGCGCUGCCGCAGCCUCGCAGGCUGGGUAACUCUCGACGUGCAGCAGCCAGACAAAAGGGGGGAAUCUGAAUUUGUCUAAACGCUUUUAAGUAGCGUUCGCAUUGUCUGUGCGGGCGCACACAGGCACCCAAUUCAUCCACCUUCACACAGGCACAGUAUGUUGAUCUGCACCCAGUGAAGCACUUAAACCUAUAAGGCUUGUUAAGAUACAACGCAGUUACAUUAUCCCACUGCUGUAGAUCACCUAAUCAAUUUUCAGUUCCUCCCCGAUAUAUAAAAUAGACCAGCUCCUCCAGUGUGGUGCGGCCACGGCCAGGGCUUAGUUAAUAUGUCGUUUUGAUUUC